CCAGAGGUGGUUGCUAUGGGGAACUGGAUGCUGACGAAGGCUUGUGAGGCUGAGAAGACAAAUUGCCCUCAUCAUUAUCUCCAGGCUUGUCAAUCACACAUAUUCGCUUAUUUACCUCUGAGAGGGAGAGAACACUAGGAGCCAAGAGAAAAACGAGAAAGUGUGCGCUCCAGAGAGGAGAGCUGUUUGUGACAAACUUCACGCCAGGGGAGGCAGUCACCAGCCAGGAUGGCAACCAUCACCUGCAACCGGUUCACGGAAGAAUAUCAGCUCUUUGAAGAGCUGGGGAAAGGUGCUUUCUCAAUUGUCAGGAGGUGUGUGAAGGUCUUAUCAGGACAAGAGUAUGCUGCCAAGAUCAUAAACACCAAGAAGCUCUCAGCACGCGACCAUCAGAAGCUGGAACGAGAGGCUCGAAUCUGUCGGCUCCUGAAGCACCCAAAUAUAGUGAGACUUCAUGACAGCAUAUCAGAGGAAGCGCAUCACUAUCUGAUAUUUGACCUGGUCACAGGUGGAGAGCUGUUUGAGGACAUCGUAGCCAGAGAAUACUAUAGUGAAGCAGAUGCCAGCCACUGCAUUCAGCAGAUCCUGGAAGCUGUCUUACAUUGCCACCAGAUGGGUGUGGUACACCGGGAUUUAAAGCCGGAGAAUCUCCUGUUGGCUUCCAAACUGAAGGGAGCUGCUGUUAAACUGGCUGACUUUGGCCUUGCCAUUGAAGUGGAAGGGGAGCAGCAGGCUUGGUUUGGUUUUGCGGGCACUCCAGGUUACCUUUCCCCAGAAGUGCUCCGAAAGGAUCCUUAUGGCAAAGCUGUGGACUUGUGGGCAUGUGGAGUUAUCCUCUAUAUUCUGCUGGUUGGCUAUCCUCCUUUCUGGGAUGAGGAUCAACACCGACUAUACCAGCAGAUCAAAGCUGGGGCCUAUGAUUUUCCUUCUCCUGAGUGGGAUACUGUCACUCCUGAAGCAAAAGAUCUCAUCAAUAAAAUGCUGACCAUCAACCCAUCCAAACGUAUCACAGCAGCAGAGGCUCUGAAGCACCCAUGGAUAUCACAUCGUUCCACUGUGGCUUCUUGCAUGCACAGACAGGAGACCGUGGAUUGCUUGAAGAAGUUCAAUGCCAGAAGGAAGCUAAAGGGUGCCAUCCUCACUACGAUGCUAGCAACCCGGAAUUUUUCUGGAGGAAAAAGUGGUGGCAACAAGAAGAAUGAUGGUGUGAAGAAAAGAAAGUCCAGUUCCAGCGUUCAGUUAAUGGAAUCUUCAGAGAGCACAAAUACCACCAUUGAAGAUGAAGACACUAAAGUACGAAAACAGGAAAUCAUUAAGGUGACGGAGCAGCUGAUUGAAGCAAUAAGCAAUGGGGAUUUUGAGUCCUACACAAAGAUGUGUGACCCUGGGAUGACUGCUUUUGAACCAGAAGCUCUAGGAAACCUGGUGGAAGGGCUGGAUUUCCAUCGAUUCUAUUUUGAAAACUUAUGGUCCAGAAACAGCAAGCCAGUGCACACUACCAUCCUGAACCCACACAUCCACUUAAUGGGAGAUGAGUCUGCCUGCAUCGCUUACAUCCGCAUCACACAGUACGUUGACACAAGUGGGAUCCCGCGCACUGCACAGUCUGAGGAGACCCGAAUCUGGCACCGCCGGGAUGGCAAAUGGCAAAUAGUUCACUUCCAUAGAUCUGGAGCACCUUCCGUUUUACCACACUGAAGGAUCAGCCACUCAGGCCAGGUUUCUCACUGCCUCACUACAAAGGGAAGAUCCCUGCUAUUCUUUAUCUAGGGAACUUGGCUGCUGACUCUGCUACUUGGUUCUUGCUGGAAUUCCUUUCACACACAGAGCUCCUCACCACAAUAAAUGAGAAUUCAAUAGACCUUUCUCCUUCUGUUUCACACGCUCCAUGUUUGCCACUUGGUGUCAUUCUAGUACAAUAGGGCAUGUGCCAGGCCCAUGUCUGCAUGAAACAGCUUUCUGUAUAAAAGGAGAAACAAAGAAGGAGUAGCCUAAGGCAUAUCCUUCUGCCAGUAUGGCCCUAGACCUCAUAGAUCCACCCUCAUUAGCUAUUCUCACAGUUAAGUGUGUUUCUCAAAGGGACUGGAUCUGAUAUCUGUUUAAGUCGCUACUGUUUUUACUAAGUCUUUAGGGGAGUGAGAGAAAGGGGAGCAUGCAUAGAAGAUCUAAAGUGUCAUGUACCAGUGGAGACUUGGUGCCCAACACCUUUCACUAGUAGACACACACACACACACACACACACACACACUGCAGUGCCGUUGCUCUGAUUUGCUCUCAGUUAGUGCUCUAUUGCUCUUGAAUACCUAUUUCAUCUUCACAGAAUUAAACUUAAUCCCUAGAAAAACUUUCUGCCUGGGGAGAAUACGGUUUUAUUCAUAAUGGUGAGUAAAAUACAUCAUUAAUUUCUCUUCCCCCAAAAAACUAUAUUUUUAUGACUUAGCCAAUAAAGGUUCAUGACAAUUUUAACAAUAUAGAUGUUCAUUCAUUUAUCCCCCAUUCCUUUAUCACUCCAGAUCCCUCUCUUUCAUUAUAUCUAACAAAAGAGAGACUGAAAGGAAUCCACUAAUACUUUAUUGGUGUUAAAAUGCAUCCAAGAGUGAGUAAAUGUGAGUAAGUUAAAUUUCCAGUAUGGUAGUGGGAUAUUUUCCACAUUAUUUCUAAUUCAAUGACAGCUGUCUCCCGGCAUGAAUCAGAUUCUGCCACAGUCCAGUACACUGUAGGAAUUUCCUUUAUUCAUGCUCAGCUUAGUAACAACCUCCCAAAUGCAAGUUGGUUUCACCAUAUAUUGUAUUCCUUCCUUUCUUUGAACUGGCUAUUCUUUGAACUGCCCCCCCCCCACCCGUACCUACAGCAUUUUGCAUCAUGCUUUCCUUCUGCCCUCCAAGACUUAGUUUCAUCAUCAAGCAAACAUAAAUAAAACAAAAGAAGCUGGAAUCCUUUUCCCUGCCACCAUUCCCCACUUACACAGCUUCAGGAAAUUUGACAGUAUUGAAGAUCCUGGCGCUAUGGAAACAGAAUUGACCCCUCCAUUUGAAAUAUAAACAGAGGCCAACACUUUCCAGCAAAGACAGAGAAUGCAAGCUUUACUAAUGACACUUUGAGGCAUUUUGAUUAUGCUUUUAACAAACAAAAUGAAACCUUUCGCUAUCUCUUGUACUUGGAGUGCAUGCCUUUUUAUAGGGAAAACAAACCUCUUCCGUGUUCUUUCGUAAAUGGAUUUUGAGUAUUUGCUGAAAUGGAUCUUUAUGUAAUUCCUAGAAUAUCAACUUUUUGGGUUUGUGGCUGAUUUUUAAUGAAGUUGGGUAGGGGUGGGGGGUGGGGCUUAGUAUGUUAUUGUUUACAUUUGGAGUUGACUUUGUGACAAAAUUGUUAUUGAAAGUGCAAGGGGUUACAAGAAGCUAGAGGCAGGGGAAAGAUUUCUGAUGUGGACUUUUGGUAAACUUCAUGGAGAGCUUUACACCAUAUUGGAACUCCUUGCAGCGCAGUUUCUAUAUGCCAUGGAAAGACUGGAGAAUCCGAAUUGUGUAUCUUCAUGGAACCCAAUGGAGAGUGAGGACAUUUUCAAACUGGUAGCAUCUGCUUUAAAAGCACUUCAGAGUCUCUCUGAAGGAAUCUGGGAAUGCGUUCUUCUCAAGCUUGUUCAGAUACCCAACAUGUAUCUGAUGCCACUGUUGUGUCAUUUUGACGAUGUAUGGAGGGCUGAAAGAUUUAUAUUUUUGACAUCACCUUCUUGCCUUGCAGGAGAGACAUAAGGAGUAUGAGUUUUGUUUUUAAUUUGGGCAGUCUUUCUGUUUUCUUGUUUCCCCCUUUCCCCCCCCCCCCAGCUGUAAAAGUCUUUGAUGUGAGAUUAACUACAGUGCACUUCUUCUACCAGGGGAACUUAUCAAUGACACUUUCUUCAUUUGCAUGACAUUUAACUUUAUAGACAGCUAUGUGUACUUCAGAACAAACAGAAAUGCUUGUUUGGGGACAGUAACAAAAAAUGGGGUAUACGCUCUGUAUAAAUUCUGAAUGGUGUAAUUUUGCCUUUUCCGUGGUUUGAAGUGCUUAGCUUUCCAUCUUGUGAGGCAGAAUGGACAUCUGCCAAUACAACUAUGUUUGCAAAUUGCAAGAAUAAUUUUCCAUUGGAGCUGAGGGGAAGAAACUGAAGUGAUUAAGGAUACUGGAGGCCCAUAUGAUAGGAUUUGACUGACCCGAGAGUGAGUUUACUCAAUACUUGGGAUGAGGUAUCCCGAUAAAUUUUCUAAUCUGGGCCAGAGAACACAAAACAGCAUAACGUGAAUGGGUCACUGGAGUUCUACCCAUGCUCAAUGGAAUGGCAGAGAAUUGCACUGAGGUGAGGAGGGGUGCUCCUGCUCCUUUCUUAAAGAAGGGCUUUCAUGUCAGGGGAGGCUUCUCGUAAGGGUAUGGACCCGGGGGCUUGCUUACAUUGUUUUCAAAUUAUUUGUAUCUCAGUGAAGGUAUCUGGCUUCAUUAUCCUCUCCCACCACCAGCAUUUUAAAAGAUCAUGGCAUCACAUCUCACCUCUUCUUGUCACAGUGUCCAUGUUUGAAGCGACCCUUUUUUUUUUUUUUUAGCUGCCAGUGUUUACAUAACUUAAUCCUUAUGCUGAUCAUCACAAAAUCUGCUAACCUAGCCAAAGGAUUUGGAAUUGAACCCCAGACAAUUGCAGGCUAUUGAAUUAUUUCUGUGCCCUUUCGCCAUGAAAAUUGCUGCCUCUCUGAUAAGCUUGGUACGUUUCUCACUGCUGCUAAAGCUUGAUUGCUUCCAGAAUCUUAUGACAAGUCCUUCAAGGAAUGAGGGGCUCUUGCUUUUCUCUUCCCUAUCCAUGACCUCUGUCGAGCAUCACCCUCACCGGUGUUUCUUUGGGCAACUUUUAUCCUACACCCUGCACUGAUGCAGGAUAAAAUUUCUUGGCUCCCAUUUAUCAGAUCCCAUUAUCAUUUAUCAUGAAUAUGAUAAGACAUCCCAACAUUUCUAAGAGAAACAGGGUCCUAGCCUGAGGUUCCGUUAUUUUAAGUCUUCCAGUAAGGAGGGAACCCUGACAGACAAAGAAGAAAUCCAACCCCUUCAAAUUCUGCCCAUUACAACGGAUUAAGCACCUGCACUUUAAUGAGGGACCUGCUACCAUGGAUGGCCUUCUCAUGCAUUCCUUGCCCUGCUUUCCAUUGGCAUCUCUAAAGCCUGUUUUUACUGUGAAAGCAUGAUAUCCCGAUUUACCUUCUGAACUCCUUGCCCUCCCUUUGCCCUUCCAUAUCACCAUGCAAUGGCAGGUCUAAAGCUAUAUUAAGGUGCCUUUCCUGGCUUUCAAAAUAAAGGAUAUUUGCGCUUUCCAUCAUUUGCGCUACCAUCAGUGCAAAUAGCUGUUCCUAGCUAUGGAAAAUUCAUCAGUUCUAGCAUUUUACCUGGUCUUCAUUUGGUGCCCAUGGUAUGGCUAAUGUUAUAGCCUGCCUUUCCAAGUAUGAUUCUGAUUCCAUAGGAGCCAGUAAUGUGGCAUCUUUCUCAAGAAGAAGCUACAUGUGGCAUGCAUAUAUAUGUAACAAGGCCCUACAAAGAAAAUUUUCAAGCAACCUCAAGGGACUGCAGUUUUGAGAUGAGAAGUGGCAGGAGGGAAGGGGAUGUUUAACACUUUCUCUGCCAGCUGUUUUUCUGCUUAGAAUCCCCCCCCAACUGCUUUAAGCACCACGAGGUUCCUUAUGUUUAUAAGGAAAGCAGCUGGGUGGAUUUUGAUCAGAUAAGUAGCUGGGAGGAAAAGAGUUUAGCACUCUCUUCCCUCCUGCCGAUCAAAAUCACAGCCUCCUAGGGCAACUUUUCAUUAAACAAACAAACAAACCUAUCGAGCUUUGUUGCACACAAAUGUGUGUACCAUGUAGUUUGUUCUUCAGAUGCUGUGCCUGAUUCAAAGGCUUGGCUUUUGCCAGUAGCUUUAUAGAGGGCAACUGCGAAGCGAGGAAGGAUGCUUUCGUAGAAUAUGCACGAGACUCUGAUCACAGACUAUAGUGUCAGCUGAGUCAAAUGUACAAAGACAGCCUGCCUUUGAGAAUAUACUCAUAUGAUCCAAGAGGAAGCUCAGCUUCAAGAUUUGGUAACUAGAGAUGCACCCAGACUAGCCAAUCUUGUCAUGAUUUGUUCCAGGAAAUACUACAAAUAGCUUGGACACCUUAUCAUGCAAUCUGUCCUAAUAGUGAUGUGCCACUCUUUUUCCCCCCCUUGGUGUGUAAACAGGUGCUAACCUUCCCCAACACAGUGUUCUUUGCUUAUGUUUGUUCAAACAUCUCAUGAUGCCCCUUAUCUAGGGCAUUGACCUUCCCCUAUUGUCAUAGUAUUUCCUUUUGAAAAAACAAACCUGUUUUGUGUAUUUUCACCCAUUCACUCAUUUCUUCUGCUAAGUAUUCUUAUAAUGAGGGGAAAGGGCUCUUUCUGACCCAGCACAAUUCUGCACAACCCCCAGCAACAUGUCUCAGUGGGCCCUUCCCCCUUUGUCAACAUUAUUGGUGCAUGCAGGGCAACCCACCUUUAUUUGUGCAUAUUCAACUUUUUUAAAAAGCAAAAUAAACCUAGUCCAUUAUUCCCAGUUGAGAAAUCACGUAUCUAUAGUAGUGAUGGGAGAACUCUUUUCUGCUUGCCUUGAAUUGGCUUGAGAAAUGAUCCACCCACUAGCCACCCCCCAGUUUGGGGGACAUUGGGAUCAUUUUUUAGUCAAAUUGAGAGUUAGAAAAUACCUAUCUCCAUCCCAAAGCACCGUCCACAGAAGGCUCCCAACCUUCAAACUCAAGCUCUCCCUUUCUCUUCACUUAUAGUUCCCCAGCAGUGGCACAGAGGCCUCUUCUCAAAUUAUAGCACACUCAUGAUCAGCAAUAAAAACAGAAUGAAAGUAAAGAGGGAUAAGAGGUCAACCAAUCCAAAACCAAAUCUAGAGAACUGCAACAGAGGAGUUCUGGUUUGGACAUACCGACUACUCCUUAAUGGUAGGGCUAAUGUGUUCUACAUUUAUUUGGUAUUCUCUCUAUAGCUGCACUGUGUAACUUCCAUCUCUAGAGAUUUUCAAGAUGAGUCUGGAUAUACCUGUAUCAGGGAUAGUUAAUGUCUAGUGGACUGAACAAUCUGGAAAGAGCUUGGAUUAUCUCUCCUAAUACUAUGAUUCAACAGCUGAUUUGAACACAAUGUGUAGGCAUUUUUUAGCAUGAAUAUAUGUCAUCUUAAUGACUUUGCAAUUAAAUUCCAGAAAUCAGUUUCCUGAUAUAGAUGAAAUGACACAGAUUACAAAACAGAAUGAUCUUUAGGAAGCUCUUCCUACUACACACUACUGCUGUCACUAUGCUGGUAGGAUGGAACGAAUAUGUAUUCACAUACAUUUCAGGUAGGGUGGGUCUGAAGCAAAGUCUCAUGUGCUCAUGCCUUGCUUCCUACCUAGCUGGGAAUACAGGUUGUCCUUUCUCCUCCAGUCAUCCCACAUGUUAUCUCUUUUCUUCAGAUGGGUUUACUUCCUUCUCCUCAGUUCUUGCAUGGCUGCAAACUAGCCACCUUUUGUUCUAUUUUUUGUAAGGUGAAAUCUGUGAGAAGGCAGAGUUUGUCAUUAUUAUUUUUUCUAACUGUUGCACAAUUUUAGGGCUUUUGUAACAUUUUUGGAGAUAAGCAGGAAAAAUGUUAAGUGGUUUAAAAUGAAACUAUAAAUGUAUAUAUAAAUAUAUAUAUAAAUAUAUAUAAAUGAAA